GUGUGGCCUUUGGGGAAGUUCAAAGCGAUGACCGUCGGAAAGUGAAGCUCGAUGACGACGGUCGCACUGUGAAGGCUAGGCCUGGGAAUAUCUUUCCCAUGAGCUCGGCGCUAAUAGUCGACGCACUGGCAGUGGCAUCGUUUUUGGCUAUGCUAGAGUGUCGCACAAGUGUGGGCGUGCAGUUGCUGUCGCGUGCACUGUUAGAGGUGGCCAACUCCGAGUACACCACAUGGAGGGGCCGAGAGGGCACUAUGGGCAGAAGGGUGUCGCUGCUAGAAGCACGAUGCGGUUGCUUUACUAAUUUG